AUGGCGAGACUCACAAGCUGGCUUAUCCUCUCAGCAUGGGGAGGAGCAGCCUCCGUAUCGGCUCAAGGCCUUCACGAGUUGGCUGUGAAGUCAGGGAAGCUCUUCUUCGGCACGGCGACGGACACGAACCUCUUCAACGAUGCGGCGUACAUGGCGGUCCUGAACAAGACGGGCGAGUUCGGCCUCGUGGUGCCGGAGAACAGCCAGAAAUGGGACGCGACGGAGAAGACACAGAAUGAGUUCCAGUUCACGAAUCCGGAUUCCGUGAGGGCCGUCGCGCAGGCGAAUAAGCAGAUGAUGAGAUGUCAUGCGUUGACAUGGCACUCUCAACUUCCACAAUUCGUCUCAACGGGCACCUGGACCCCAGAAACCCUCACCUCCGUAAUCCAAGCACACAUCUCCAACGUGGUAACGCACUACAAAGGCGCCUGCUACUCAUGGGACGUCGUCAACGAAGCCCUCGCCGACAACGGCACUCUCCGCGACAGCGUCUUCUCCCGCACGCUCGGCGCUGACUUCAUCCCCAUCUCCUUCAAGGCCGCCGCGGCAGCCGACCCGGCCGCGAAGCUGUACUACAACGACUUCAGCCUCGAGUUCAACUCCAACAAGACGGACGGCGCCGUCAAGAUCGUGCAGGAUCUCAAAGCUGCAAACGUCAAGAUCGACGGCAUCGGGUUCCAGUCGCAUUUUCAAGUCGGCAAGACGCCGUCGCAGGAUACGCUGAAUAAAGUCAUGACGCGCUUCACGGAUCUGGGGCUGGAGGUUGCGCUUACGGAGUUGGAUGUGCGGCAUGAUAAGUUGCCUGCCGAUGAUGCUGCGAUCCAGCAGCAGGCCAAGGACUACGGCACCGUCGUUAAGACGUGCGUGGAUAACGCAAAGUGCGUCGGCAUCGUGGUGUGGGAGUUUACGGAUAAGUACAGCUGGAUCCCGUCCACGUUUUCGGGGGCCGGGGACGCGUGCUUGUUCGAUAAGGAUAUGAAGCCCAAGCCGGCGUAUACGGCUGUUGCGGCGGCGUUGGGAGGGCCAGCAGUAGCAGCAGCUCCGGUGGCAGCACCGGCGCCGGCGGCUGGGGCUCAGGACGCGGAAGUGGUGCUGUCGUCGGGAAGCAGUGCAUCUGGUGCCGGGGCCGGGAUUGGGGCCACCGAUGCCGAUGCCGGGACCGAAUCCGAGGCCGAUGCCGACAGCGGAGCGGGGGCAUCCUCAAAAUCAAAGGCGAAGAGCAAUGUGGAGGCAGCGACCAAGUCACCUUCCUCUUCGGGAACACCUCGCUUUGAAGCGGUGCUGCUGAUUUCACCGCUGGUAGCCACCGGUAUCGGCUGGCUCUUUUGGUUUCUGAAUAGCUUCACUAUGGUGUACCUCAAGACACUAGUCGCCGCCGCCGCCGCCGCCGCCGGCGCAGGCCUGGCCCAAGCUUCCCUCUCUGGCCUCGACAAGAUCCCUCCUCUGGGCCUUGGAACAUGGCUGUCCGACAAGAGCAAAGUCGCCGACGCCGUUGCCUUUGCCGUGGGCGAGGUAGGCUACAACCAUAUUGACGCCGCUCUCAUCUACCGAAACGAAGACCAAACCGGCAAAGGCCUCGCCUCCUCCGGCGUUGCCCGCAAAGAUGUCUGGGUCACCUCCAAGCUCUGGAACACCGACCACCGCGCCGACCGCGCCGCAGCCGCCAUCAAGAAGUCCAUCUCGGACCUGGGCGUAGACUACCUCGACCUAUACCUGAUCCACUGGCCCGUCGCCUUCAUCCCCGACGACCCCAACAACACCCUCGACCGCGAGACAACCCUCGUCGACACCUGGAAGACCCUCGAAGGCUUCGUCAAAGCAAACCUAACCCGCCACAUUGGCCUCUCCAACUUUGCCAAGGCCGACGUCGAGACAAUCUUGAAGGCGGCAGAGAUCAAGCCCUACGCCCACGAGUUCGAAACCCACCCGUACCUCCAACAACAAGAGUUCGUAGACUGGCACGAGGAAACGGGCAUCGAGGUCAUCGCCUACUCCCCGCUCGCCAACACGAACCCGACGUACAGCGACGACCUGCCCGCCAUCUACCAGGACAAGUUCUGGGUCGACGUCGCCGCCAAGAAGGGCGUUUCCGUCUUCCAGGCCGUGCUGGCGUGGGGUAUCCAGCGGGGCACGAGCGUGAUUCCCAAGAGCACAAAGGACUCGCACAUCAUUUCGAACCGCAAGGCGCUCGAGAUCGAGUUCACCGAAGAGGAGUUGAAGGAGAUUGCCAAGCAGGAUAAGAAGCACCGCUUGAGUAACCCGGGUGCCAAGUGGGGUGUCAAGCUAUUUGCUGAUUUGGAUGAUCCUGGCAGAAACGAGCCCACGAGCGAGGAGCUUUAA